GAUAAUGUGUUUGCUCUGACCCAGUGUGUGGAAAUUGCCCGCAAGGAAGCUCGUACUCUUGUCUGUUGCUUUUUGGACGUUUCUAAAGCAUACGACAGUGUUCCACAUGCGGAGCUGCUCCAGUGCCUGAGCGAUAUGGAGAUGCCGCUAGCGUGGACCAGUGUUCUCCAGCGCCUGUACAACAACAACAGGGUAGUCACGACCAUGUGCGGCGUCCGGUCAAGCGAGGUCGCCGUGACCAGAGGGCUAAAACAGGGAUGUCCUUUGUCUCCUCUCCUCUACAUGCUAUACGUGUCCCGGGUGGAACGUCAACUUCUGAAGUUGGGUCUUGGGUUCACCCUUGGGUACGUUGACGGGGGGAUGAAGGGCUGCUGGGUAUUACCUGGCCUUGUUUUCGCGGACGACAUCGUGCUCAUGGCAGGAAGUGCUACAGAUCUUCAGGCACAGAUGAACAGCUGCGCAGACAAAAUGGCGGCAUUAGGCCUUUCAUUUAAUGCCAAGAAGUCUGCGGUGUUGCACUUUUCCGGCCCUGCCGAAGUUGAUCGAUCCUUCACGCUUCCUGGAGGCGAGGCUGUCGAACAGGCGACUGAAUAUAGGUACCUGGGCGUCAACCUGUGCACGCAGCCUGACUACACUGCUACCCACGAAGAUCACCUACGUACGGCGUCAAGGCGGGCUGGCAGUGUCCUACGCCGGCGAGGCUUAUGGGGCUUCAACCGCUACGUCAUGGUUCGCGAGCUCUGGAAGGCGGUACACGUCCCUACCCUCACCUUUGCCAACGCCAUCAUUUGCAUGUCUUCGCCGACUCGAGAGUGGCUGGAGCGAGGCCAGCGGGUCGUCGGACGCCUCGGAACGGGAUGCCAUGGGAACGUCGCCAACGAGGCCAUCCAGGGAGACCUUGGCUGGUCAAGCUUUGAGGCACGCGAGGCCAAGAGCAAGAUUUCGUAUGAUGGGCGGCUGCGGGCGAUGGGGAAGCACCGGUGGGCACGCAGGGUGUUUGACUACGUCACUGUCAACGGCGUGCGAACAAGGUGGAUGAAGCGUCUGCAACAACUGCGCAAGAAGUUUGGGUUUUUUUGUUGCCCUACGCAAGCGGAAAACGCCCAGGUAUCGGCCAAGGCGGUAAGCAAUCAGGUGCGCCAACGCGAAACAGAAAUGUGGCGAAUGGCCAUGGACACCAAGUCGACACUGCAGCUGUACAGGACGUGCAAGACAGACAUCCACCGGGAGGACUUCUACGACAACAGCAUUGGGAGCAGUCUGUUGUUUGAGGCGCGGGCCGGCGCACUCAGAACGCUGGAAUAUCGCCACCACUUCGACCCCACCAUAGCCAGCACCAUCUGUAGGGCAUGCGGUGAGGAGGACGAGAGCAUCGAACACAUAGUGCUCCGAUGCAAGAGGCUUCCGACUUUACCGCCAGAAGACGCCACCUUCUCACACACCCUGGGAUUUCGCUCAGCCGACGACGCCACAUCAGGCAACGGGGACGAGGUGCUGCUGGCUGCGGUGAUGGUGACGAAAAGACGGCUCUCCGAGUGGUGGACCCUAGUGCGCCGCUAG